CCUAUAUAUACUAUAUUUGCCAAAAGUAUUAGGACACCCCUCCAAAUCAUUGUAUUCAGGUGUUCCAAUCACCUCCAUGGUCCACAGGUGUAUAAAAUCAAGCACCUAGGCAUGCAGACUGCUUCUACAAACAUGUGUGAAAGAAUGGAUCACCCUCAGGAGCUCAGUGAAUACAAUUGUGGUACCGUGAUAGGUUGCCACCUGUGCAAUAAGUCCAUCUGUGAAAUUUACUUGCUAUUAACUAUUCCACAGUCAACUGUUAGUGGUAUUUAUAACAAAGUGGAAGCAACUGGGAACAACAGCAACCAUGAAGUGGUAGGACGUAACAUGACUCUGGUCAGCGCAUGCUGAAGCGCACAGUGUACAGAAGUUGGCAACUGUCUGCAGAGUCAAUAGCUAAAGACCUCCAAAACUUCAUGUGGCCCUUAGAUGAGCACAAUAACAGUGCGUAGAGAGCUUCAUGAAAUGGGUUUCCAUGGC